CCGGGAGCCAACCUCAUCCCGUGACCUCAGAGGCAUACUUCCGGGACACGGAAGUGACCCGUUGCUCCGCCCUUUUCCACUCUCUCUUUCCGGUGUGGAGUCCGGAGACAACGUGCAGAAAUGGCACCUCGAAAGGGGAAGGAAAAGAAGGAAGAACAGGUCAUCAGCCUUGGACCUCAGGUGGCUGAAGGAGAGAAUGUAUUUGGUGUCUGCCAUAUCUUUGCAUCCUUUAAUGACACUUUUGUCCAUGUCACUGAUCUUUCCGGCAAAGAAACCAUCUGCCGUGUGACCGGCGGGAUGAAGGUGAAGGCAGACCGAGAUGAAUCCUCGCCGUAUGCUGCUAUGUUGGCUGCCCAGGAUGUGGCCCAGAGGUGCAAGGAGCUGGGUAUCACUGCCCUACACAUCAAACUCCGGGCCACAGGAGGAAAUAGGACCAAGACCCCUGGACCUGGAGCCCAGUCGGCCCUCAGAGCCCUUGCCCGCUCGGGUAUGAAGAUCGGGCGGAUUGAGGACGUCACCCCCAUCCCCUCUGACAGCACCCGCAGGAAGGGGGGCCGCCGUGGUCGCCGUCUGUGAACAAGACUCCUCAAAAUGUUUCCUGUUAAUAAAUUGCCUUCAUGUAAACUGUU